UGAACCCUGCUCACCAGCCCCAGCAGGACCGUCCUCCAUCUCACCAUGGCAAAGGCAGCCGGGCUUGUCUGCGCGCUUCUCCUGCUGGCUUCCUUCUUCUGCCAGAGCCUGGCUCAGAAAGGCUCUGCUGUGCCGGAUAAGUGCUGCUUCAGAUUCCAGAAACGUAGGAUCAAGAGAGACAAUACAGUUGGCUAUUACCGCACCAGCCCAGUGUGCCCUCAGCCAGCCGUGGUAUUCAAAAUGAAAGAAGGCCAGGAGAUCUGUGCCGAGCCUGACAAGCCCUGGGUGAAAGAAUACCAGAAAUUUCUCAGCUUGGCUCGUAAAGUCUGAAGGCCACUGGGAGACGAGCCAGGAGCUCGCAGCUCGCUUGCUGUGCACGUCUCGUGGCACAAGGGAAUCCGCUUUAGCUUCAUCUAGAAAGCAUGUUCCUGUUUCACAACUGCAAUUAUAUAAUCACCCUCUGCUGUGCUGAAUGCUGGUUAAUAGCUGUGGUUAUUCUGACAUGGUCCCUUGAGAGACCAGAGGGACAGGAGCCCUGAAACGGGGAGGAGGCUGUUGUCUCAGAUGUUAGUCCCAUGAUGGAAUUCAUCUAGUAGCAACCUUUAGGAGCAAAAUGUUCUUCACUCAAGGGGUUUUCACUGCCUCUCUUUACCCCUCUGUGGAGCGACCUUCCUGAGGUUUCAGCUACAAAGCACCCUCUGCUGAGAUGUCCCCGCCUGCCGUGAUUGCCUGAUUUGCUUGUUAGCAUCAAUAAAAAUCCCAACUGCAUAAGCAGCAGUAGAGUCUGUU